GCUUUGGCCUAUGUUGUAGCGACUGUAGAUGUGGGGUGAAUCUGGUCGAAUCCUACCUCACUGAAUGGUUGUUAUUCAAAGGACACAGGACACAGUCCCAGCAAUCGUCAUAUUACUUACGAAAAAUAAUAGCAAACUGGCUUUUACGAGGGUGUUGUUGGGAAAAGGAAAACGAAAAGGAAGUCGUAAAAGGUGUAUUUGUGACGGACACUGUAACGAGCUGUUUAGCUCUGUCGUUAGUUAAGUUAGGCUACCUGUUUAUUUUAACGAUGGUUUUAAUGAUGGAAUCUCAGUGUGAGUAUUUUAUGUAUUUCCCUGCUGUUCCCAUUUCGGACUUGUCAGACCCGGCAAGAUAUCGGACCCUUCCACGUCGCAGUCAUCUUUACCUUGGCGAGACUGUACGUUUCUUGCUUGUUCUGCGCUGCCGAGAUGCAGCGGGGAGUGGAGGAGCAGGUGCCGGUGGGUCUGAAUGCACCAGCAGCCGAGCUUGGAGGGAACUUGCUGGUUCGCUGUGUGCGGUGGCCAGUGUCAGUCCUGGUGAAAGCAGACAACGAACUCAGCCGCAUCAUGACUACCAGAGCAGCGGGGACGAGGGUAACGAGGAGGCCGACGAGGAAGACGCUGCUGCGGCUUGCACAGGCAGAUGGGACACGAGGAACCGGGGCUUCAGGGAUUGCAAGCCGCUCCUUAUACAUAAUAACACAGGCAGCGGAGGGCGAGAGUACCGAAGAGCUCCGUUGCAGUCUCCUCUGGAUGAGCCGGUCGUACUGACAGAUGAGGUCAUCUUCCCCUUGACCGUUUCUCUUGACAAACUCCCUGUCAGCACCCUCAAGGUUAAGAUCAUUGUGACAGUAUGGAAGCAGGAUGUGGAGAAGGCAGAAGUUCGGGAGCAUGGGUACCUCACCAUUCUUCAGCAGCGCAGCCCGACCCACACCUUCCGCCAUGACCUGAACACCUUCAAGGCCCAGGUCAGUACCACGUUGACUGUUCUUCCGCCCCCCAGCGUGAAGUGUCAACAGAUGACCGUAUCAGGAAAACAUCUCACUGUCCUGAAAGUGUUAAACGGCUGUUCUCAGGAAGAGGUGUGCAUUCGUGAUGUGCGGAUUCUGCCAAACUUCAAUGCAUCCUACCUUCCCAUGAUGCCCGAUGGCUCCGUGCUGCUUGUUGAUAACGUCUGCCAUCAGUCAGGGGAGGUUGCAAUGGCAUCCUUUUACCGGAUGGAUAGUCUUUCCUGCCGCCUUCCCAGCAUGCUCAGUGCUCUGGAGGAGCACAACUUCCUUUUCCAGCUGCAGCUCAGUGAUCAGCCACAAGACGACACAAAGGAGGGUCUGGAGGUGCCUUUGGUGGCAGUGCUUCAGUGGUCCACACCCAAACUGCCCUUCACCAACUGUAUUUACACACAUUACAGGUUGCCCAGCGUGAGGCUGGACCGGCCACGGUUCGUGAUGACUGCUAGUUGCCCAAGUGCAGUGAAGGCCCGGGAGCACUUCCGGGUCAGAUACACACUGCUGAACAACCUGCAGGACUUCCUGGCUGUCCGUCUGGUCUGGACCCCUGAGGGUCGUGGUCAAUGUGAGGACCAGUCAGUGAAUGCAGUGGUGUGUCACUCUCCUCUCAGUAACCUUGGUCACUGUCAAAAGGGCAGCACUCUCUCUUUCACCGUGGCCUUCCAAAUAUUGCGGGCGGGGCUCUUCGAGCUCAGUCAGCACAUGAAGCUCAAGCUGCAGUUCACUGCCUCUGUUUCCAACCCCCCGCCCGAGGCCCGGCCCCUGUCCCGCAAGAACAGCCCCUCCAGCCCGGCCGUACGAGACCUGCUGGACCGCCACCAGGCCAGUCUGGGCCGCUCCCAGUCCUUUUCCCACCAGCAGCCCUCCCGAUCCCACCUUAUGAGGACAGGCAGUGUUAUGGAGCGCCGUGCCAUCACCCCUCCCGUGGGCUCCCCCAUCGGCCGGCCACUGUACCACCCCCAGGAAAAGGCCAUCCUCUCUCUUGACAAAAUAGCAAAGAGGGAGUGCAAAGUACUGGUGCUGGAGCCAGUCAGUUAGGGGCGGGGGGGGUUGGGUUAGAGGACAAGAGCAUGAUGAAAGACUAGGGACACCACUAGAGAGCAAGACUGACAGGCUGACUGACAUUAAUAGUGAAAUUGAGGUUGGUGGGACAUAACAUAUAAAGACUGUGAUAACUACUUAGCUUAUAAAGCAUGGAACCAAUAGGACAAGCUUGUAUUAUUUAAGACAAACAAACUUUGUGUCUGCAAAACACAGAUUCAGGAUUAAAACUCAGUUUACCUGCCACACAAAUGCACAUUUGCCAUUGCAUAUCCUGAAACGUGUGCAAAAUACUUGAACACUGGAGGACAAGGUCAAUUUAAGUAGUCACGCCAACUGUGUGGAACUGGAAAAACAGGAAAAUUCAAAACAUUUCUAGGCAUUUCAUUUUUAUAUUGUAAUUUUAAUUUGUUUCAGUCUAGAUUCAGAUGGAGGUGGGGAUGUAUAAGGAGAUGUUGACGUCACCUUGUCCAGUGCUCUAUCUCAUAUUUAUGUGCAGUAUAGAAUAAAUGAUGAAUAAUUAAGUUGGAGGGUGGGGUUUAAGAGAAAAAAGAGAAUGGCAGCAGAUUAAAGUAAUGUAUAACUAUGCGUUUGUUCUUAUUCACUGCAAGGGUAUUCGUUAUCAGUACAAUGUUCUCGCUCUUUGUUGCUCAGAACAUUUAUGCUCAUUCAAACAGGCAUACUAUGUACACAGUAGCUGUAGAUAAAAUGAUAGUAUUAUUAGUAUUAGUAGUAGUUGUAGUCAUAAACAAGUUAAACUGUGCUGUGCAUUCCCAUGCUGUGUAAAAAUCCAGGGUCACACCUUUAGCUACUGUACGGAUGGUGGACUGUGGGUGUAGGCGUACGUGCACGUGAGUGCUUGUUUGUACGUGCGUUGUGGUGGGGCUGACUGGCAGAUUGCAUUUGUGUAUGUUGUGUCAUGGUCUUUAUAGCCAGUUUUAAUGUUUAAACUGGAUUUCACUGGAAUUGUCGGUCUAUGCUGAAAGUAUUUAUUUUUAGUUGUAUUUAUUUUGUUGCACUUGUCGCAUAAAUCUUGUACUAUAUGCCCUUUAUUGGUGACACCACCUCAGGUUUCUUUCUCAGGCGAAUGCUCCACCCUCAUACCAUUCCACUGUUUCACACUGUCACUCAUUCCACUGUACCUUACCUUCAUUUCCAAGGCAGUUACUUUAUGUUGCAGGCUUUCUCUUGUACAAUCACUUGCUUGCAAGUGGUUCUUGCUGUGAGUUUCUCUUUCAGCCUUUUCAUUUAUGAUGGUGGUACUUCCUACCUGAUAGACAGAUGAAUUUAUUACACUGUUAUUGUUAUUUCAUGAAGUUUGACACUCCAUAGUUUAUGAAAUUCCAUGUUGCUGUAUAGUCCUCUCUGGAUAUGGGUAUUAUAUCUGCAGUUAUUUUAUGUCAGUGUGCAUUCAUUGCACUGUUGAAAUGUUUACGUGUCUGGGAGAUGCUGUGUUGUUGGUAACUAUGAGCAGUGGCAGCCUCUGCAUGUAUGUAUGUGUGUGUGUGUGUGUGUGUGUGUGUGUGCACGUGUGCACAUGUGCGUGCGUGCAUAUACGUAUGUAUUGACAUUGUGCAACUGAAUGACCUGUGACAUUUUGUGAGGGCACAACUGUACCCUUUAUUCCAGAGUUGAGUAAGGGCCAAUACAUAAAUAAUGGAGGCCUCUACUUGGAUUAUUGCAAGGCCGUUGAGUGUUGAGGGGCUCACCUUGAAUAUUCAAAGUAUAAUUUAAUGAAACUUAGUAACUCCCUUUCUGUUCAAAGGUGUGCCUUAGUUUUUUUUGUUUGUUUUGUAUUGUUUUGCUGUUGGCUUGCAAUGCAAGUGACCUCCUUAGUUUUUUUUUUAUGUUUAACAUAUUUAUUAUAAUUCUGGGCUAUGUGUAUUAUUGUCUGUGGCUGGAGUAGAGAAAGGCUUGCUGACACUCGUGAGGUACAUUGGGGUCUUUGUGUGUUUCUGUGCUUCUUUUGCUACAUAAGUUUUAUUUCGUAAGAGGCAGCUUAGUACAUUGAAAAAAAUUUACUUUGAAAUUCCUUUUUACUGAAAGGCCUCUCAAGGCAUCAGUUGUUCUUUUUAGUGGCUUGUACUUUGGCAUUGAAAAACAAAUCUGCUCUCUGUGACUGACUGGUUGGAUAUGUAAUAUAUUUUGACACUCCAAUGUUUUCUUUGUUUUUUUUUUUAACCUGAAAUGAGUUCAUUUUAACAAUCAUUGUUUAUUUUAUUAAUGCACUUUACUUGAAUUUUAAAUUAUUUUUCUUGGAAAACAUGCAUUGUUGUCUUAAAUGCUGUAUUUUUGUUUAAAUUUGCUGGCUGAUGUCAUUUUAAAAGGAAACUGGAAUCAAACAACAUUGUUGGAAUGUGUAGAAUAUGUUUUAUUUUGCUGAAUGGUUGCUGCAUAUGAACAAGUUGAAUAAAUGCAAUCAUUUGGGA